AUGGCAGCGAGAGAUCCUGGACCAUAUUUGAAUCAGGUUCCUUUAGGUUUUCCGAGUUAUAAUAGAAGAGUAUUUAGAGACAUUUUAGCAAGAAGAGCUUUUAUGGAAUCAGAAGUAAAUACAAGGGUUUAUAAAAACAUUUUCGAGAAUUUGGGAUUUAAGGGUCAUAUAAGAAUUAACAAUAAAGUUGGCAUUAAUAGAAUACGAAUGAGAUGUAUACAGGGAGGAUAUUCAAGGGGAAUAUAUAAAUUUACAAGAAUGGCGAAAAUGGCUUUUUUUCAAACAGCUAGAGAAGGAUGGUUAAAAAAAUAUGGUUAUCGGCCUGACUUGUUUAGGUAA